GGACGCGACACAUGCGUCCUUUCGCCGCGCGCUUUUCGUCUGGCAGCUUUUCCGUUCCUCGCUCAGAUACUCGUCUCGCGCUACUCCGAUCGCUCGGGUUAAGCAUACUCGGUAAUUUCAUCGAAACAGUCGACGAAACAAAGCCGCCACCAUGGAUGUCAUCAAGAAGAAGAUGCAAGCGAUGAAGCUUGAGAAAGACAAUGCCAUGGAUAAGGCCGAUACCUGCGAGGGGCAGGCGAAGGAAGCGAAUAUGCGCGCGGAUAAGGUCCUCGAGGAAGUCGGAGAUCUUACGAAAAAAUUAGCUCAGGUGGAAGGCGAUCUGGAAGCCAACAAGCAGAAUCUCGAACAGGCCAACAGGGAUCUCGAGGAUCGCGAAAAGUCCCUUACCAACGCUGAAUCUGAAGUCGCUGCCCUUAAUCGCAAAGUCCAGCUUAUUGAGGAGGACCUCGAGCGCUCGGAGGAACGACUGAACACCGCGACCGCUAAGCUGACCGAAGCGUCACAGGCCGCUGACGAGUCCAGCCGUAUGUGCAAAGUAUUGGAAAAUCGUGCGCAACAGGAUGAGGAAAGGAUGGACCAGCUGACGAACCAACUGAAAGAGGCCCGCCUGCUCGCGGAAGACGCUGAUGGAAAAUCUGACGAAGUGUCGCGCAAGUUGGCCCUCGUUGAAGACGAACUCGAAGUUGCUGAGGAUCGCGUGAAAUCCGGUGAAGCCAAGGUUAUGGAGCUGGAAGAAGAAUUGAAGGUCGUCGGCAACAGCUUGAAAUCUUUGGAAGUCUCCGAAGAAAAGGCCAAUCAACGAGUUGAAGAAUUCAAGCGCCAACUAAAAACUUUGACAGUCAAACUAAAGGAAGCCGAAGCUCGCGCCGAGUUUGCCGAGAAGACCGUCAAGAAACUCCAGAAGGAGGUUGAUAGGCUUGAAGACGAAUUGGGCAUCAACAAGGACAGAUACAAGUCGUUGGCUGAUGAAAUGGACUCGACGUUUGCCGAAUUGGCAGGAUACUAGAUCACUUUAUUAUCUCGCUAUGUUUUAUGCCUAACAAUCGUUGCGUUCUUCUUGUCGAGAAACCAACAUUCUACAUUUGUGCAAACUGUUACAGCUCGACGUCGUCCUUUGUCGAAAAAGGAAAGGCAUGGUUAACAGAUAUGCCAUGGACAUGAUAUCACACGCUAUCUUUGUAAUUAAUAUUGUUAUUAAGAUGAAAUUAUCGACGUGAGCGGGUCGUAAUCAAUUUUAUUCUGUUACAUUAUUGUACGAAAGAUUAAAGGUUAUUCAAUAAACAGUAAUAUAAACUCAAUAAGGAUACGUAAAAGCGUAUUUCUGCUUUAAACAAGGAAA